CCUGCCAACAUGCCCUUGGUCACAAGCCUGGUCUGAGUGAUGAUUUGUGAUGGAGCUGCGUGGCUUUGUGGGGGGAAAAAUCUUAAACAUACAGAAAACUGUAGGCGGAGUUGACCUGGAAACCUCUCCUUGGCCACUGUCCUAUCUAAGGACCUCACCUUCCAGAGCCCGCCUGAACAGAACUGGCGGGGGACCUUCCUAGGAGCAGAGAAAAUGGCGACCUUCAGGCAGCUGUCCCUGGGCGUGAAGGCCGCCCUAGCUGCUGGUACUAUCUUCACAUUCAUGAUCAUCUCCCGCUCCUAUCUGGCAGGGAGCCUGGAGCUCAGGGCCUGGCGUUGGCUGUUCCGCCUGCAGCUUGCCCUGUUUGUCAACUCGCUUAUGCUCAUUGGGUCCCUCUACAUCUGGCGUAGCACAGUGAGCAACCUCUGCCACUCCCCAGCUGCGGAGUCGGCCUGUUUUCAGCUUUGGAAGAUGGCUGUUGUGACAUUUCUGGCCCUGGCCCACUCCAGUUCCUUCACCAUGCUCUUUUUAGUGGCCGAGGAGCCCUAUCUCUUUUCCUUGGCAGCCUACUCCUGCCUGGGGGCGUACAUCAUCAUGGUCUUCUUCCUCUGUAUCCUCAGCGGCAUGGAGCAGGCCUACCAGUUCUUGGCCUGGCGCAGUGGCAGGGUCGUCAGCAGCCUUGACCAGACAAGGAGGCUGGCGCUGAGGCCCGCCCUGGCAGUGACAGUGACCACCGUGCUUAGCGUGAUCGGCUUCCUGAACGCUGCCCAGCCCCCAGCCGUGAAAACCGUGGAGGUGCCCAUCCAUCAGCUGCCUCCCACCAUGAACAACCUCAAGAUUGCACUCCUCUCAGACAUCCACUUGGGCCCCACAGUGGGCAGGACCAAGAUGGAGAUGUUCGUGAGGAUGGUGAAUGUGCUGGAGCCAGACAUCACGGUGAUCGUGGGUGACCUGUCCGAUUCGGAAGCAUCGAUCCUGCGGACGGCUGUGGCCCCCUUGGGCCAGCUUCGUUCACGCCUCGGCACCUACUUCGUCACUGGAAAUCAUGAGUACUACACGUUGGAUGUCAGCAACUGGUUUGCACUGCUGGAAUCCCUGCACGUUCGGCCCCUGCACAAUGAGAACGUGAAGAUUUCUGCAACAGGGGCCCAACAUGGCGGUGGUGAAGAUGGUGACUGGAUCUGCUUGGCAGGGGUGGAUGAUAUCGAAGCAGACGUCCUGCACUACUCUGGCCAUGGCAUGGACCUCGUCAAGGCCCUGGGAGGCUGCAGCCCAGACCACACCACCAUCUUGCUCGCUCACCAGCCCCUGGCUGCCAAAAGAGCCCUGCAGGCGCGGCCAGAUAUUAAUCUGAUCCUUUCUGGGCACACGCACGCUGGGCAGAUCUUCCCCUUGAACGUGGCGGCCUAUCUCCUGAACCCCUUCUUUGCUGGUCUCUACCGUGUGGCCCAGACUACAUUUGUGUACGUCAGCCCAGGCACGGCCUACUACGGGAUACCCAUGAGGUUGGGUAGCAGGGCAGAGAUUACGGAGCUCAUCCUGCAAAGGGCCCCCUGA